CUUUUCUUCUUAAAUGUUUGUGAAAAUGGCACUUUCCCACGGGCUGGAGAGAGAAGUAGCCUCACAGUAAGAAUGUAUUUGCCCUCUCAUGAGAAAACAGAAACAAAAUGGUUCCUGUCAGCUUAAAUGACGUUGGGCCUGAUGCAAUUUCCAGACAUUGCUCUAGAGACAAUGGAGCUAGUAGAAGCAACACAGCCAGCAGAUACAGGGGAGCCUAAGGAGCCAGAGUAUUCUAACCCUCUCCUGAGGCCUGCUCUCACUGGAGAUGUGGAGGGUGUGCAGCAGAUUUUUGCCGACCCAGAAGACCCUGAUGGUGAAAAGGCCAUGCAACUUCUCAUGGAAAAGGACAUCGUAGGGAGAGACCUACUAUAUACAACCAGCAUGGCCGGACAGAGUGCAGUCAUCAGAGCACUGGCAAAAUACGGAGUGGUCAUGAAGGAUAAAACAGCCAGAGGUUACACACUCCUCCACUGUGCUGCGGCCUGGGGCCAGCUGGAGACUUUGAAAACUCUGGUAGAACUGGAAGCUGAUAUUCUAGCGACGAACUUCCGGGGUGAAAAGGCCCGAGAUAUAGCCAACCGUUAUGCACAGACAGACUGCAUCGAAUUCCUGGACUGGGCAGAAGCUAAGCAAGCUCUGCGGACGUUCAUCGCCCACAUCCAGGCAACGAUUGCAGACCCAGAGAAGGUGCAGGGAAGGCUGAACAAGGAAGACAAGAACAUGUCUCUCAGCGCCUGUCGUGUAAAAUGUGAUUGGCUUGAGAACGCCAAGGAGCCCACCAGACAAGAUUUCCUGGAUCAGAAGCAGCAGCUGGAAGAUAUCAUGCUUCCCAUCUUCACAAAGCUGGCCACGCCCCGUCCUCCAACAGCUAAGAGCACCAGGUCAGCGCUGAACUGCAGCAAAAUCUGAAGCUUCAUUUCCACAGCUCCUGCCUGUCUCAGGUCUUAUAUUUUUUUAAGCCUUACACAUAUAUAGUCAUUAAUCUGAACGUACAGCCCUAGAGCCAAACUUUGGGAGAGGCUGGGUCCACAUGCAGACCCAGCAGCAUGGACCCAUCUGUGAUCAGUUUCUAAACGCCAAGAUAGCAAGGUUGUUUUGCGGUUCGUGAAAGGUCAGAUGAGGUGCUGACUACCUUAUGUUACCUGGAUCAGUGGCACUUUCAAUUCAGUUCAACGAGACUUUAUUGGCAUGACAAGAUUUACAAGUGUUGCCAAAGUGUAAGAAAGGGACAGACCCCUUAGACCUCUGUCAGAGGCAGGGAUGACCCACUCAGGCUGAGAUUAGACACAGUCUUUGGGGUUAGAUCUCCUGUAGCUACGUGGCCCUUUGUGAUCCAGAGGCUGGUUGUUUCAGCACCUCAGUAAUUUAGAGGCUGAUUUUGAGGUGCUGAGCACCUGCAACUCCCAGUGACGCUAAUAAGGGGCAGCCCUUCUCAGGGUCAGGGUCUUCAUUAUAGUGUUUUUUUGCACCGCAAAUCUACUACUUGCACAUCUGCAUGAGAUCACCAGCUCCUGCUCACCCUGAACUUUCUACUUUAAAAAAAUCAGCCUGAUCUUGCGGUACCUCUUUGAUGCUUUCCCAGGUGUAGCUGUUGUCCCAGAUGGCAGAAAACCUACUGAGAAUCAUGCCUCCUGAAACAGGAAGGACAAAGCACAGCUGGGCUGUCAGGCUCACUCUCCCACUUCAGUUAUUACUAUAGGGACUGUAGUCAUGUGAGGUGCUUUACAAACAGAGAAGGCAAAGGCCCUGUCCUGGGGAGUUUGCAAUCUAAAAAUAGCGAAGUCUCUCACCCGUCCCUCCCUUGAAUCAACGGGUGCAGUUUAAAAUCACCCAGCCGAGCACAUGCUGGAGGCUGCGCUCUGGCUGUCCUUAGCGGAGCUUCUGGGGUUUUUUCCAUGCUGGUUUAAACCUCAGUUUCUUUCUCGUUUGGGUCACGGCCAUUCUGUGACUGGGACAAGGACUCGGCCUACAUGUGCUCAUUGUGUUCUGGACCAAGCAUGGGUGGUCCCCAAGGGUUAUGCUGAGGCAUCUUUCCCCAUCUGGAAUUGCCUGGGUGCCAGAGCCUCUGUGACUUGCCUCCCAUUCUGUAGUGUUACGUGCUGCCCACAAGCAAGGUGCUUACAAGCGGCUUUCAGCCAGGAUCCAUCGGAAUGAAUUCCAUCCGUUCACCUGGCUAGUGGAGCCAGCACAUGGCUGCUCAGAUAAUCUCCUUGAUUAUGCAAAAAAUUAAUCAAAUAGCAUAAAAACUCCUCAGCCAUCCAGCGUGACUCAUUGCCAUGGCAGCAGGCAGAAAGCCAGUUUGCACCAAACAUGCUGUAAAAUUAGUCAAAUCCACUGCGGUAGGAGCCGUUGCUUUUGAUUACUUAGCUGUCCCAUGCAUGCACCCUUUGGCUGAGCUCUGCCUAGGUCCUAAGACAAGCCAGUGGGUAGGUCAGAGAAUAGCUCUGUUUGGCCCUUCUGUUGCCAUAGGCACCUUAUAAAAUGCCCUCUUUAAAAAGUGUACCUGUCCGUUCACUCCAGGUGAAGUUCAGCCUAUGCGGAUAGCCACUGCAAAGCACAUGCCUCAUUUAAACCUGACUUAGAAGGUUUAAGUGGAGCAUAGACCUCGCGCUGGCUCUCUGCAUGAGGGGAGGAGAAUGUCACAAAGAGCUGACACAUUGCUAAGCUAAUGACCCUCAAGGCGUCAUUGUAAAGGACUUGCUGAGGGGGGCCCCUGUGAGUGACACUAACUAAGGGCAUGGCUACACUUGCAGAUGUAGAGCACUUU